AUGGCUGCAGCAUCUUAUAAAUUUUUUUUCUUGGUUGACACGGCUGGUUGGUUGCAAAGAUCGAAGCAGGAGAAAGGACCAGGGUCCUUGAGUGUCAUGCAAUCCCGAAAAAAUCUUAUGAGGGCUCAUGUCAUCGCUUUGGUGCUUGAUGCAGAUGAGAUUGCAAAAUCCAGGUGUAGCAUGAAUCAUGCAGAGGUAGUUAUAGCGAGGCGUGCGGUAGAAGAAGGUCGUGGUUUGGUUGUGAUUGUGAACAAGGUGGAUCUUUUGAGAGGGAAGGAAAAUGCUAAAUUAUAUGAGAAGGUCAUCAAAGCUGUUCCAGAAGAAAUUCAAACAGUUAUUCCUCAGAUAACAGGAAUUGCAGUUGUAUUUGUGUCUGCACUAGAGGGAAAAGGUCGGAUAGCUAUAAUGCGCCAGGUCAUGGAGACGUAUGAAAAAUGGUGUUUAAGGUUUUCAACUGCACGUCUUAACCGUUGGCUAUGCAAGGUUAUGAGUAGGCAUUCAUGGAAAGAUCUAAAGGCAAAGCCAAAAAUCAAGUAUUGCACACAAGUGAAGGCUCGACCUCCAACUUUUGUGGUGUUUAUACGUGGCAAAACUGAAUUUUCAGAUACGGACAUUAGGUUCCUAACUAGAUCUUUGAAGGAAGACUUUGACUUGGGGGGAAUUCCCAUCCGAAUCAUGCAGCGUGCUGUUUCAAGAAAAGCAGAUGCUGGUGCUAAAGGCAAUAAAUCUUGUGGAAGGAUGACGGACAAGAUUAUCUCUGACAAGAGAACUGUGUUGCCUGACAAGAUUUCCUCUGACAAGAGAACUGAAGAUUCCCCAACACCAACCACUUAG